AUGUCUAUUCGUGAGGAUGGAUAUACUGAACUGCUUCCCAAGUCGAGCACUGGUCAACGACCGCAGACUUCGGAUCGCCAAGAAACAAGCACCUUCCCAGAAACCGCACUGCCCCGUAUCACGUGCAUUUCUCAAUACCCCAGCAUUCCCGAGUUCCAUCAAAGGUCAUUUCGUUCGCCCACUGAGCAGAAGAGUGGGCAGGGUAAGCAUGAGGAAAUUCCUGUGCGUCAACAGCGCCUGUGGGUCCCAGUGCCGCGCUGCUCGCAAUGA